AUGCCGCGCGACACUUCCAGCCUGAAAUAUCUAUCCAAUGCGCUUGCGGCGGCAGAGCAACUGACGAGCUCUUCCUCAGCUAUCGAUGGUGUCCCUACCGAGCUGGAAACGUCCGUUCGCUUUGCCGGUACUCAGCUUACACAGGCUGCCGGAGUCUUGCUGCGAUUGUCCCAAGACAUCAUAGCUCAGGCCAUCGUGACGUUCACCCGUUUCUGGCUGGGCCCAGAGGGAGGAAGUCUUCGGAUAUACUCUGCAAAGGAUGUCUCCGCCGCCGCUCUCUAUCUGACUGCUAAGCUCUCGUUCCAACCGACCUCUCCGCGCUCCGUUCUGAAUGUCUACACAUUUCUACUAUCAAAAGAGGCUUCGCCUUUAUGGUUUGUGAAUCCAGAAGGGCCACCUGCUGAAGCUGAACCCAAGCUUUAUCACCUUACGGAAGGUGGUUACCAAGCUCAACGUCAAGUCCUCCUGCGCAUUGAGUCGGUCAUUCUACGCACACUGGGGUUCAACACGCACGUGGCUUUACCUCAUACGAUCACCUUGACCUACCUCCAGACGCUUGGUGUAUCCUCGCCUGAGGUUGCACGAAGAGCUUUCGAGCAUCUGAACUCGAGUCUGCUCUCACCGCAGCUACUAUAUCUCACGCACCAGCCCAACGCUCUCGCGGUAGCGUCUAUCUACCUAGCGGCGCGAGAAAGGGGAGUGAAACUCGUUGAUGGGGAGUGGUGGGAGGUCUUUGAUGUAGAUCGGGAGGACCUUGGGUUCUUGGUUGUGGGAAUGCAGAGCAUGGAGGCUUUCGCGCGAGCAGAAAUGGAGAAGUGGAAGGGUCGCGCAAUUCCGUUGGAUGUUGAAGAAGUAGAGGCUGAGAUUGAGCGGAGACAAAUGCUGGAGGCUGGAGAGUGA